GACGUUUAGUUUCCGAGAAUCACACAAAUAACAAAUUAAGCCGAAUUACCCCAAUCGAUAAAGCUCGUAUUUCCUUUCAGUGAGCGCGUCCAUACCUAAUGAGCCAAGUUAUAAAGAAAAUUGGAGGAAUUUUCUCAUUUCGCCGUCAUUGCUUUAUUAUCUGUGCUGUGUGUAAUUAAGCGAUCUUGUUGUUUGAACAAAGCUGGAUAAAGUUGUAGGGGCAAACACAGAGGGCGCGUCGUUCUCCAUGCGGCAAUGGGGGGGAGGGAGAUAACAAAAACAAAGUUUGAAAUUCAAACAACGGAAUAACAACAAGCCCUCCGAGCUAAAAUGUUAACCGGAGCGGUAUUUAGAAAAAUAUACGCCUGAGGGGUGAUUCGGCGUCCGGGCGGAUCCGGGAGGGUCGCGACGGACCGUUUGAUGCGCGAACGCGGAGAAAUUCGCAUUUGUCUGGUGUUACGAUUAAUUAUAAUUGGAUAUUGUCAGGGUGAAAGAAAAUGUCAAAAUGGGGAGUGGGAGGGAGUGUGAGGGGCGCAGCUGUCAUUGGUAGAGGGCGGAAGUGUCGGUGCCGUGAUUGUGGACAUGGGUACCUGCGAUGGUUAUGCGGCGCCUGUAUGCGACGCGAGGCGUCGUGACGCGAGGGGAGUAGAGAGAACAUGGCGGUCGCGUGAGCAAGGUUGAACGAACUGUUAACAAACUAAAAGAGUUUGAAAAUAAACCCCCGUCUAAAAACCCACGACUUUGUGUUAAUUUAAAUCUAAGUCAAGUGCCAAUCACCACACUGUUAAAAUUUUUUUAGUGCGUACUGGUAUAAAUAUGAUUAAACUUGUACAAGGUUGGGAAACAAACGCAUCAAGUCAGAAACUUAAAGCAAUGUUAAUUAACGAAUCAAACAGGUAUCGUGGGGGCCUAGGCGCGAGGAGACAUGUCCGACGCCUCUGACUUAUCGUCCGAGGAGGAGCGCAGCCUAUUCCGUCCAUUUACGCGAGAGUCGCUUGCGAUCAUCGAGGCUAGAAUUGCAGAAGAAUAUGCUAAACAGAAGGAGCUGGAAAAGAAAAGAGCUGAAGGAGAGACCGGUUUUGGACGCAGGAAAAAGAAAAAAGAAAUUCGGUAUGAGGACGAGGACGAAGAUGAAGGCCCCCAACCUGACGCAGCUCUGGAGCAAGGAUUACCUUUACCAGUUCGUCUUCACGGUGGAUUUCCCCCGGAAUUGGCCAGCACACCGCUCGAAGACAUCGACCCUUUUUACCACAACCAAAAAGUAACUUUUGUAGUAGUUAGUAAAGGCAAAGACAUAUUCAGAUUUAGUGCAACCAAUGCUCUAUGGAUACUCGAUCCUUUCAAUCCAAUCCGUCGGGUAGCCAUUUACAUUCUAGUGCAUCCUUUGUUUUCUCUUUUCAUCAUUACCACCAUCUUGGUCAAUUGUAUCCUCAUGAUUAUGCCCACGACACCCACCGUAGAAUCAACAGAAGUAAUUUUCACUGGCAUCUACACGUUUGAAUCAGCUGUGAAGGUGAUGGCGAGAGGUUUUAUUCUUCAACCGUUCACCUACCUUAGAGAUGCAUGGAAUUGGCUCGACUUCGUAGUCAUAGCUUUAGCUUAUGUUACCAUGGGUAUAGACCUUGGGAAUCUUGCUGCCUUGAGAACAUUUAGGGUACUACGAGCUCUAAAAACUGUUGCCAUUGUGCCAGGAUUAAAGACUAUCGUCGGAGCUGUAAUAGAAUCUGUAAAAAAUCUACGAGAUGUGAUAAUUCUAACGAUGUUUUCGCUUUCUGUAUUCGCACUGAUGGGUUUACAAAUUUAUAUGGGAGUUCUAACACAAAAAUGUAUCAAAAAUUUUCCCAUGGACGGUUCAUGGGGGAACCUCACCGCCGAAAACUGGGAGAGAUUUAUGAGUAACGAAACCAACUGGUAUUACGACGAAGACAAAGGAGAGCGACCGUUGUGUGGGAAUUCUUCUGGUGCCGGACAGUGUAAACCGGGCUACAUGUGUCUCCAAGGUUACGGUGAAAACCCGAACUACGGAUACACAAGCUUUGAUACAUUCGGUUGGGCCUUCCUUUCAGCCUUUAGAUUAAUGACCCAGGAUUACUGGGAAAAUUUAUAUCAAUUGGUUUUGCGAUCGGCUGGUCCUUGGCACAUGUUAUUUUUUAUCGUUAUUAUCUUCUUGGGCUCGUUUUAUUUGGUUAACUUGAUUUUGGCCAUUGUCGCCAUGUCGUACGACGAACUGCAGAAAAAGGCACAAGAUGAAGAGGAAGCAGAAGCGGAAGCUAUUAGGGAAGCCGAGGAGAAAGCGAAGGAGAAGCAGGACCGCGCAGACGCGAGGGCUGCAGCGGCGGCCGAAGCCGAAGCUGCCGUGGCAGCUGGCGCUGGCGGUGGCGGCGGCAGCGGCGGAGGCGAAGGGGGUCACGAUAUCGUCAAAUCGUCUUCGGAUUAUUCGUGUCACAGCUAUGAGAGCUUUGUGGUGCAAGCCAGCGGUCAGGACGACAACAACAAGGAAAAAAUUAGCAUUAGAUCCGAGGGAUUAGAUUCCGUGAGUGAACACAGAAGAGUUCCUAAUCUGAGCAAGAUACGGAAAGUCAGCGCUGCAAGUUUGAGUCUACCGGGAUCUCCGUUCAACCUACGAAGAGGAUCAAGAGGAAGCCACCAGUUCACCCUCAGAAACACCAGGCACAUGGUGGGGCCAGGGGACCGCAAGCCGCUGGUGCUCUCCACGUAUCUAGACGCGCAAGAACACCUCCCCUACGCGGACGACUCCAACGCCGUCACUCCCAUGAGCGAAGAAAACGGAGCCAUGGUGUUUCCUAUGUAUUACGCCAACUUGGGGUCGCGUCAUUCUUCGUACAAUUCACACGCUGCGAGGAUGUCGUAUACAUCUCACGGAGAUCUACUAGGAGGGUUGAUUGGUAGCGGGAAAAUAACAACGAAAGAGAGUCAACUGCGGUGUCGGUCAAUAAGGAAUGCUCCUCCUGCGGCUACUAAUUCUUUCUUCGAAAUUACGCAUAAGGCUCAUAGGGGUGACUACGAUGGUCCUACCGGACAACUUUGCGAAUCAAAACUGAAACAAUUAGGUAGUGCGUAUAUGGAUAGUAAUCAAAGACAGACCGUUGUGGAUAUGAAAGAUGUAAAAGUACUCAAUGACAUCAUCGAACAGGCGGCGGCAAGUGGUGGCAACGAACACGGAGUUUCUGUUUAUAUUUUCUCAGCAAACAAUAACGACGAAAACGAAGAGGAAGAAGAAGAACCAACUGUGAUGGAACGUGUUCUAGCUAACACCUUAAAAAUAAUUGACAUUUUUUGCGUGUGGGACUGCUGUCAGUGCUGGAUCGUGAUUCAGAAAUUCGUGGCGUUAGUUGUUUUCGAUCCAUUCGUCGAACUUUUCAUUACGCUUUGCAUCGUGGUCAACACUUUGUUCAUGGCUUUGGAUCAUCACGACAUGGACAAAGAUCUAGAGAAAGCUUUAAAAAGCGGAAACUAUUUCUUUACUGCUACUUUCAUGAUUGAAGCAACUAUGAAACUGGUCGCCAUGAGUCCGAAAUAUUAUUUUCAAGAGGGCUGGAACAUCUUUGAUUUCAUAAUUGUAGCUCUAUCAUUGUUAGAACUUGGUUUAGAGGGUGUUCAAGGAUUGUCAGUUUUGCGGUCGUUUAGAUUGUUAAGGGUGUUCAAAUUGGCGAAAUCGUGGCCAACUUUGAAUUUACUUAUUUCCAUUAUGGGUCGAACCAUGGGUGCUUUAGGAAAUCUAACGUUUGUGCUGUGCAUUAUCAUAUUUAUCUUUGCCGUGAUGGGCAUGCAACUAUUUGGGAAAAAUUAUACAGACAACGUCGACAGAUUUCUUGACCACGAACUUCCAAGAUGGAAUUUCACAGAUUUCAUGCAUUCCUUUAUGAUAGUAUUUAGGGUGUUGUGUGGAGAGUGGAUAGAAUCUAUGUGGGACUGUAUGUUAGUAGGUGAUGUAUCUUGUAUCCCAUUCUUCCUAGCAACUGUCGUUAUUGGCAAUCUUGUGGUUCUUAACCUUUUCUUGGCCCUGCUUUUGAGUAAUUUCGGUUCCUCGAAUCUCUCGGCACCAACCGCCGACAACGACACUAAUAAAAUAGCAGAGGCCUUCGACAGAAUAGGUCGAUUUGUAAGGUGGAUAAAGGCUAGUGUUUUACAUAUGGUGAAAAUGGUGAGGUUUAAACUUACCAAUCAGAUAUCGGAUCAACCGUCGGACGAAAGAGACUGUGCGUUAGAAAUAUCCGAGGACGAAAUUUUGGCGAACGGGUUAAUGAAAAAGAACCCGAAAGAUCGGGUGGAGGUCACCAUUGGAACGGGAAUGGACCUUACCGUUCAUGGUAGACAACAAAAUAAGAUUUCGGUACCCAGACUGUCCAUUUCUUUUCUAGGUGACUCAAAAGUUAAUUUAAAACGGGACAGGAAUAGUAUCAGUAAAAGUAAAACGAUAGGUAAUUCAAUUUUGGACCACAGUGACUUCAUCAGUCAUCUAGAUGAUGACGAAAUUAGUAAUAAGUCUUACGGAAGCCAUACAUACGGGUUUAAAAACGAUAGCCACAAAGGUAGUGAAGAUAUAUUAGAUGAACAAGAAGAAAAACGUGAUGCUAGUAAAGAGGAAUUAGGUAUCGCCGAAGAAACUGAAGAAGAAGGCUGCGAAUGUAAGGAGGCCUUAGCUGACGACUAUAUAGACGCAAACACCGAAGACAUCAUAGACGAAUAUUCGGCCGAUUGCUGUCCAGAAUCUUGUUACAAGCAGUUCCCGUUCUUGGCAGGAGACGAAGACUCGCCGUUCUGGCAAGGCUGGGGAAACUUGAGAUACAAGACGUUCCGUCUUAUCGAAAACAAGUAUUUUGAAACGGCAGUCAUCACGAUGAUUUUGUUAAGCAGUCUGGCGUUGGCGUUGGAAGACGUUCACCUGUCGAAAAGACCAGUUCUGCAAGAUAUUUUAUACUACAUGGAUAGGAUAUUUACCGUGAUAUUCUUUUUCGAGAUGUUGAUCAAAUGGCUAGCUUUAGGAUUUCAGAAAUACUUCACCAACGCAUGGUGCUGGUUAGAUUUUAUUAUUGUGAUGGUGUCAUUAAUCAAUUUUAUUGCAUCUCUUUGUGGUGCCGGCGGUAUUCAAGCAUUCAAGACCAUGCGAACGCUUCGAGCUCUGAGGCCGCUACGUGCUAUGUCGCGGAUGCAAGGAAUGAGGGUUGUGGUAAAUGCGCUGGUGCAAGCUAUACCAUCUAUCUUCAAUGUCCUGCUAGUGUGCUUAAUCUUUUGGUUAAUUUUUGCUAUAAUGGGUGUACAGUUGUUUGCUGGUAAAUACUUUAAGUGUGUGGAUGAAAACAAAACGACGUUGAGUUACGAAAUCAUUCCGGAUUACAAUGCUUGCAAAGCGGAGAACUAUACCUGGGAAAACUCCCGAAUGAAUUUUGAUCACGUGGGGAAAGCAUAUCUGUGUUUGUUUCAAGUUGCUACGUUCAAAGGCUGGAUACAGAUUAUGAACGACGCCAUUGACUCUAGAGAGAUACAUAAGCAACCUAUACGAGAGACCAACAUUUAUAUGUAUUUGUAUUUUGUCUUCUUUAUCAUAUUUGGAUCAUUUUUUACACUGAAUCUGUUUAUCGGUGUGAUCAUUGAUAAUUUUAAUGCGCAAAAGAAAAAAGCGGGAGGUUCGUUAGAGAUAUUUAUGACGGACGACCAGAAGAAGUACUACAACGCCAUGAAGAAGAUGGGUUCGAAGAAACCGAUGAAAGCUAUCCCGAGACCAAGGUGGCGACCUCAAGGCAUCGUGUUUGAAAUAGUGACAAAUAAAAAAUUCGACAUGAUAAUCAUGUUGUUCAUCGGUCUGAACAUGUUAACGAUGACUAUGGACCAUUACCAGCAAAAGGAAACGUUUACCCAAGUAUUAGACUACCUCAACAUGAUUUUCAUUGUUAUAUUUAGUACUGAGUGCCUAAUGAAAAUGUUUGCUUUACGGUAUCACUACUUCACGGAACCUUGGAACCUAUUCGAUUUGGUAGUGGUGAUAUUAUCAAUUUUGGGCUUGGUUUUGAGCGACUUAAUUGAGAAGUAUUUCGUGUCACCGACACUACUGAGAGUGGUUCGUGUGGCGAAAGUCGGAAGAGUUUUGCGUUUGGUGAAAGGAGCAAAAGGCAUCCGCACACUGCUUUUCGCAUUAGCCAUGUCACUGCCUGCACUAUUCAACAUCUGUUUACUGUUAUUCUUGGUCAUGUUUAUCUUUGCCAUUUUUGGGAUGUCAUUCUUCAUGCACGUGAAGGACAAGAGCGGAUUGGACGACGUUUAUAACUUCAAAACAUUUGCUCAAUCCAUGAUUCUCCUAUUUCAGAUGUCUACUUCGGCCGGAUGGGACGGGGUUCUCGACGGGAUCAUCAACGAAGAGGACUGCAAGCUGCCGAACAACGAGAUAGGAGAGACAGGGAAUUGCGGGAAUUCCACCAUAGGCAUCGCCUUUCUGCUAAGCUACCUCGUUAUUUCUUUCUUGAUCGUCAUCAACAUGUACAUCGCUGUGAUUUUAGAAAACUACUCCCAAGCGACCGAGGAUGUACAGGAAGGGCUGACCGAUGACGAUUACGACAUGUACUACGAGAUCUGGCAACAGUUCGAUCCUGAUGGCACCCAGUACAUCCGCUACGAUCAGCUCUCGGACUUCCUGGAUGUACUGGAACCUCCUCUACAAAUCCACAAACCUAACAAAUACAAAAUAGUUUCGAUGGACAUUACCAUUUGCAAGGGUGAUCUCAUGUUUUGUGUAGAUAUCUUAGACGCGCUAACCAAAGACUUCUUCGCCCGGAAGGGCAACCAGAUCGACGAGUCUACCGAACUGAGUGAAGUGCAAACUCACCCGAACGAACCCGGUUAUGAACCAGUGAGCUCCACUCUGUGGAGGCAGCGCGAGGAGUACUGUGCGAGGCUGAUCCAGAACGCGUGGCGCAAGCACAAGCGGCAGCGCAGCGGCGCCCCAGACCAGUCGGACGAAGGGGAAGCGGACGGCGACAAAGACGCCGAGCUGGAGGGACGCCAGACGGCCGUUCUGGUGGAAAACGACGGCUUUGCGACCAAAAACGGGCACAAAGUGGUGUUGCACAGUCGCACACCCAGCGUCAGCUCCAGGUCCGCGGAUGUCUGAGACAGGCCCCGCCCCUCCUUGGUGCCGCCAUAGUGGACACUGCAGCAAAUUUUUAUCUCGGCUGCCCUCCAGACAUAUCCUCUUAUUAAAUACAUCGAAUUACGUUCUUCGGCCGGGUCGCGUUGGCCGCACUUCACUGGAUCGUCCGAGAUAAAAACUUGCGUAGAACGAGUAUGCGCUGUGUAGUUUGAUGGAGAAGGUAUCGUAGAUUAUCAAAUCAACUGCUUUUGCUGCUCAUAUCGCUAUCGACGGCGUCACCGUCGUCGGGUUUACUUAGUAUCUUCAAUAAUCCACACUCUACUGAGUCAUAGUUAUAUGAACAGUGAACACACGAUCGGUUUUCUGUACAAUUAUCAUGAACCCACGACGAGCAGCAACGAUGUCCCAGCAUUCGCUGCUGCUUGCCCGAGGGACUCGAAAAUUCUACAAAAGACUAAUCGCGAGGGAAAGACGGUUGAUCAUUUUUGUACAAUCCCACAAGUGAGGUCCUAUUAAUUUCUAAUGUAGUAUGAGUAUUCCAUAUCCUCGCGCGAAGACGCGCUCUAGUAAUCGUAAGUAUAUGCAAUUCGAAUUAAUAGGACGUCGCUGGUUCAGUCUAGCAUCAAAGUACUUAGACUGGCCAGUUAGGAUACAAAAAAUAACUUCAAUCCUCGACCGGUCACUCUCCAGUAACUCGGUGACGGUCGUCAUUUUGAGAACACACUUCCCAAGUGGAUCCCAAAAUGCGAAGUCAAAAUCUGAAGUCCUGGGGGUUGACGGGUCGGGCUCACAUUCCCGAAGGGUGCAACUCCGAAACAGGGGGUGCCCCCUUCGGGAGUAAGUCGAUUAUAUUCUAAACGGGCACGAAGGAACAAUAAUUUACUUAGUAAGAUAAAAAGUGAACUGUUUAAAAAUUACAUCGAGUUAUUAAUAAAAAUAUGGUGCUUUCUUCACUUGCUAGUCUUCAAGCUACAUGGACCGUAUAACGGAGGAGGGGCAAAUGGGUUAAAAUUGAAAAUCACACAAAAUUUUCAUAUGCCUCAUACAAUAUCUAAUGUAAAUUUGUAUGUGUGACAUUUUUUCAAAAAACCACUUUUUGACAAGCAAUAUAGCACAUGCUGUAACUAUUUUUGAAAUAUGUGCUUCAAUACAAUUAGCUUUGGAAAUUUUUGAUUUUCACACAAUAACAGCAUUUUACGACUUAUUGAUCGCACGAGUUGUACAAAUUAUACACACUUGUACAUUAUAAUGUUAGUUAAACAUGUUUAAAUUUUUUUUAUCAUGGCUGGACCAUAUAAACACACUAGUUUUUUAAUAUUGAGUCCCGAAAUUUUAGUUAAGUACGGACAAAAAUGUCACCCAUACCGUUGCAAAUAUUUUAUUCGAAAUAAAUUCCAUAUUUAACUAUAGAACAGUUCAAAAACUGUGUUCUACGUUAUAAUAAUGCUGUUAUGUUAUGUUGUUUGAUUAGAUAUUAUUGUUAAAAUUUUAUAUGAAUAUUACGGAUUUGGUUAGUGUUUGUUGACGUGGUUAAAUGCAGUUAAUUAUUUCUUAGCACCAUUAAAUCUACUGUUAUUCCCAGACAGUGAUUUCAAUGGGUGUUGGCGUUCUGCUGAACCUCACUUGCGUGCGAAGUCAGGCCUUAAAAGUUCGUGUACAGUUCUAGCCAUGACAAAUAAAAAUUUUUCUUAAAAAAAAUCUUUAUUAUUUCGGAAAAUCAUACUAACAACCAGAGCUCAUUCAAACACUCACCAUUGACGGAAUGUAAGUGAUAUAGUAACUAUAGUGUGUUUCAUUCGUAGUUAAAUUUAAUAAAACGAAACGACGGCAAUCGACACAAAUGAAACACACUAUAGUUACAGGUUUCGUUACAUCUACUAUUUCAGUAGCAGGUCCAAAUGUUAAUUACUCUCCACAAUCAAACAAAAACUUUAUAGUGUGCCGCAUUUUACUCUAAAAUAUACGCACACAUUGUUACGUGAUUGUGAAACAGACACAACUGAUUUUGACAAUACACUGUGUGGUUCCAUUAUUUUCCAAACGAAAUAGACGCGGUGUGUUUGAUUCUUUGGAAAUCUUAUCUACCUACCGAAGACAAAGAAAAAGAAAAGUGCGUUACUAGAUUUGGGAAAGAAUAGACACACCGUGAGUAAUGUUCCAGAUAUAUAUUAUAUAUACAAGAUUUGUAUUUAUGUUGGUACCUGUUUUUUGUAGCACCGCUCAUACUAAGCAAUAGUGUAUUGUGGAUCAGUUUCUUUUCCACUUUCAGUCCCUACUUAUUUUUUGGAAGGUUUAUUUUAAAGUGAGUGAUUCAAAGAGCAAUUUAUUCAUUCACAAAACACGGGAUGAAAUUUUUGCACAACUAUAUAC